GUGGAUCCUAGUUUCUUUGUUCGACAUCCACCCGAAACCAUGCUGACAUGGACGUUGGUGGUUUUGUUCCUAAGCCUCAUCUACUGGCUGACCAGGAAGCCAAGUGGUCUUCCACCAGGACGGUGGGGUCUCCCAAUCAUUGGGUACGUCCCUCUCUAUACCAAUAAUACCCGAAAAAUUAUCAGUGAUCUGAGGGAACAAUAUGGAGAUAUAUUUACUUGGAAAAUUGGCAGCCAUGUGUUUGUCGGCUUAUGCGACUACGAACUGAUAAAGACUACAUUCAACAGGCCUGAAUGUCAGGGAAGGCCUUACCUGUUUUCUUUCGAUAUGGUUAAAUAUCAUGAGAACGGAGGGAUUGUAAGUUCAAUCGGCGACGUCUGGGUACAGGGCAGAAGGUUCGCCCUCAGACACCUGAAGGAUUUCGGCAUGGGGAAGUCUUCCCUUGAGGGCGUCAUCCAGUACGAGGCUCAGAGCCUUGUAGAGACUUUCGAACGGACGGCUGGGAAACCCAUAGAAAUAUCAUGGUGCCUCAACGUCGCUGUGUUGAACGUCAUCUGGAAGCUUGUAGCAAAUAUAAGGUACGACACGGAUGACCAAGAAAUAAUAAAAUUUAAUGCUAACCUGAGACAGAACAUAGAAUUAGUCCAAGGAAGAAUCCAGAUUCUGGAUCUGUUUCCACUGCUCGUCAAAAUACUCCCCAGAUUUGUGCUCGAGAAAGUGUUCAAGGUGAACGUAAUCUACGAUAACAUGGAACAAUUCAAAAACCUCAUGCUUGAAACUAUAGAGGCUCACGUGAAGACGCUGGACCUAGACAAUCCCAAGGACUACAUAGAUGCCUACCUCAUAGAAAUUCAGAAAGAGAGAGGCAGUCACAGUACCAUAUUCAAGGAAGAUUAUGUCAACCUUGUCAUAACCCUCAGCGACUUCUUCGGUGCAGGAAGUGAGACGACUUCGUCUACCAUCCGAUGGCUGAUUGCUCUCUUGGCCACCCAUCCUGAAAUACAGAGAAAAAUGCAGAAGGAAAUUGACGAGGUGGUUCCGAGGGACACACUCCCUUCUCUCCAGGACAAGGAAAGAUUGCCAUACACCGAGGCAGUUUUACUAGAGGUAAUGAGGUAUUCCUCCUUCGUACCUGUGGGCGUUUUGCACGCAACCACGGAAGAGAUCCAAGUGGGCAAGUAUCGGCUGCCUAAGAACACUGCAAUAUUCGCUAGUGCCAGGAGCUGCCACAGAGACCGAAAAUACUUUGAGCGACCUGAGGAAUUCUACCCCGAACACUUCCUGGACAAAAACGGCAAAGUCAUCACGAAGAAGGAUGGCUUCCUUCCGUUUUCCCUCGCGAAAACUGAUAAUACCAAGAGCAUCCCUUUCACUGGGGCGACGCCAGUGUCUGGGUGAGAGCUUAGCCAGAAUGGAGCUGUUCCUCUUCGCAACUUGUCUCUUCCAGAAAUUCACUGCUUCACCCCCCGAGGGAGAUUCCAUUUCUCUGGAACCCGAUCCCUUCCAACCGAUCCUUAGCUUUAUCCCACCAUAUGAGGUUGUACUGACGAAGAGAACUUGAAAAUAAAGAUUAGAUGACC